AUGGUCUCCUCAUCGCAUAGCGGGGGUGACUCUGGAUGUCGUAAGUACAACGAAGGUUUAUCCUCCAGCAAGGUCUCCGAAGCUGAGAAUGAGUUCAAAGUUCCCGGUUGUCCGGACGCCCAGCUAAGAGUAAGCCACGCCAGUCGUGGGUGCUCCCUGAUCCACAAAGGUUAGCG